AUGGAGGAGGCAAUACGUGCCAAAGAAACUCAAGAUAGAGCGGAGGCACGUCAACCGUGUGGACCCAGUGUGCUGAAAACAACCAGACUGUUGAAGACAACAAAACCGAUGACUCAGAAUCAUACAAGGGACACAGCUGCGAUGAAUGAAGAUGAUGAUGCAAGCCUCAAGGACACUGCAAAUGGGAAUUGUGCAAUGAAGAGUCAAAAGGAUAGUCGCGAGGAGAAUGUGAGGCUCACCAAACGCACAUUCAAUGACUCGGAGAAAGGCAACGACUCGGAGUUUGAUGACAUUGAGUAA